UUUGAUUGCUCCCGCUGAAUCAAGAUUCCGCCCAUAUUGCACCUACUGUUUUUCCCUCUUUCUUUUCCCUUUCUCCGUGAGAGAAAAGAGCGUUUGCUCCAAACGACGCCCUGUCUUCACGAACACACGCUUGAUGCCUCCAUUGAAAGAAAAGAAGAGCUGGCAUAACCUGCAUGGCUGUAUCUGCCGAAGAUGUGGCAACGCGCUUGUAAUUGUGCCGCAAGUGCCAAGUGCUGGCAUCCACCAUCAUCCCAAUACGUAAGGUCUCCGUGAUCAUCUCUGCAGGCCAAGUCUAGACCCCGCAUUCUACAACGACGGUUCUGGAGGAUUUCGACCGGGCUUGCAGAAUUUCUUGCAUCGUGGAUGGCUCGGUAAAAUACGACAGGCCUCGCAGGCCAGGAUCAAUCAAAUGCCAACUGCAAGGGUCUCCACGGGUCAAUGGCGCGAAGAUAAAAGCGGCUAAGACCCGUGAAAACAAUCUCUUGGUGACUGUCAGACUGCAGAGCUCUUAUAACUGCAACUGCCGACUGUCAUAGCCAGAUUCCCUCACGAUCCGAGCAGUGCGACGCCUUGCCCAAGAUUAGGAACGCGACGUUACGGAAUCCCCUAUUUAUGUGGAGUCGCCUUCCCCGGAUUUUCAACCCCAGAUUCUAGGAGAACGGCGAGCACUGGGCCACACAACGGACAAUUGCUCGAUAAUUCGCCAUAACUGGCUCAGUCACCAUGAACGCCGACAGCGAGAAAGCUGUCUACCACCGCGGCGGAAACGCUGCAGCCGACCAAUACGAAUCGAAAGACCCCCCAUUGUAUGAGCAAGCUGUCAUCGAUAGCAACUCCAGUGAUUCCAAUGAUGGAUUCACAUGGACCAAAGAAGAGGAGACCGUGGUGCGACGGAAGUUGGAUAGGGUCAUUGUGCCCCUGACAACCUUCCUGUAUCUGUUGUGCUUCCUUGACCGAACCAACGUUGGAAAUGCGCGAAUUUCAGGCAUGGCGGAGGACCUCAAUCUUGUCGGGUACCGCUUCAAUUGGGUGACAUCCAUCUUCUACAUCGUCUACAUGUUUGUGGAAGUGCCCAGCAACAUUUUGCUCAAAGCAAUUGGCCCAAAGUUUUAUCUGCCACUCCUCGUUGUCGGAUUCGGCUUCGUCUCUUUAUGCUCUGCCUUUGUCAACAGCUUCGGAGGCCUUUUGGCAGCACGCGCAUUUUUGGGUGUCUUUGAGGGAGGUGUAAUGCCUGGCCUUGCAUUCUUCAUCACUUGCUUCUACAAGCGCGAAGAACUUUUGUUUCGCAUUGGCAUAUACGUGUCAGCUGCAUCAAUGGCAGGUGCCUUUGGUGGGCUUCUUGCCACCGGGCUCGCUCGUAUCCCUCCAUGGGGAGUCAAGAGUAUGAUCAUCAGCGAUUGGAGAAACAUUUUCUUCUUUGAGGGCCUCUUCACAGUCAUUGUUGGCCUUUUGGCCCCAUUGGCAAUGCCAAAGGGUCCUUCAGAUUGUUGGUGGCUGACGGAACGGGAACGCCGCAUCGCGUCCGAGAGGUUGAUCAUGAAGAACUCGGCAGCUGAGAACGAAAAGGUCAGGCCCAGGCAUGUCAUCAGGUCCAUUCUCAACAUCAACAACUACAUCUGCGCUUUGGGAUUUUUCUUGAUCAACAUCACUGUCCAAGGUAUCUCUGUAUUCAUGCCUACCAUCCUGAAGGAUCUUGGUUGGACCCGGACCAAAGCUCAAUUGUACACCGUGCCACCAUAUGUCUGCGCAUGCGUAGUAGCAAUUGGCGUCGCCUUCGUAUCCGACAAGACUAACCGUCGCGGUAUCUACCUUGCCCUCUUCACCUUCUUCGGUAUUGCCGGUUUUGCUAUUAUGCGCUGGGCGACGGACCCCAACGUCCGCUACGCUGGCAUCUUUCUCAUCACCCUCGGCGCAUUCCCCGGUGGCCCCGGUUUCCUCGCAUGGGGUAUGAACAAUGCCUCUGGCCCGUCGAUUCGCGCCGUAUCCAGUGCUUACAUCGUCACCUUGGGUACUGCUGGUGGUAUUCUCUCAACCUGGACUUAUGUCCCCAAAGACGGUCCUACUUACCAUACCGGCCACACUAUCAACCUUACGGGCCAACUUGGCGUGUUGGUUCUCAGCACUUUCGGUAUCGCAUACUGCAACUGGGAGAACAAGCAGCGCGAGCGUGGCAAGCGCGAUCACCGUCUCAAUGGCAAGACCGAGGCCGAGAUUAUGGAUCUUGGGUACCGACACCCUGCAUUCCGCUAUAUGACUUAA